CUCCCCCUUUCCACUGAGCCGUUGGAACCAACGACCGUCGGUUCGUCACGUCACUCCUCGCCGCACCGCCAUGAGAGCCGCCUGCUACUCCUCCUUCGUCGCCGCCGCCUCCCUCCCGCUCACCUCUACCUCGUCCGCGGCCUCCGACCCGCGCCGCCUUAGCCUUAGCCGCUCGUCCCUCCGCUGCUCCCCGCUACGCCGCGGCGGCGGCGGCGUGGCCCGGGCCCUCGAUGAGCGGCUGCUCGAGGCGGCAGCGGCAGCGCCCGCACCGGCGGAGGUCGAGGUCGAGGAUGAGAGUGGUGUCACGGAGGUAGAAGACGGUGGGCAAUGGGAGGGGGAGGGGGCGGAAGAGGGCGUGGGCUCGUCGGAGGCCGAGGGGGAGCAAGGGCAGCGGAAGAGCAAGCGGCAGCAGCAGCAGCAGCAGCAGGAAGAGGCCGCCGCGGCAGAGCGGGACCGGUUCAAGCUCAUCAAUGGCAAAGAGAUAUUUCAAGAGAAGACGUACCUAGUUGGAGUUGAGUGCAAGAGGGCUGGGGGAUAUGACUUCAGCAUAGAGGAAUCGCUUAAGGAGCUCGAGCAGUUAGCUGAUACUGCUGGACUCAUGGUUGUUGGAUCGACCUAUCAAAAGCCCUCAUGCUUUCUGGUUUUCAUCAGGCUUUCGAACCCAAACCCAAGGACUUAUAUUGGUUCAGGUAAGGUGGGUGAAAUCAGGACUGCAAUUCAAGCCCUUGAUGUUGAGACUGUAAUUUUCGAUGACGAGUUGUCUGCUGGGCAGUUGCGUAACUUGGAGAAGUCCUUUGGUGGAAGUGUUCGAGUCUGUGACAGGACUGCUCUUAUUCUGGAUAUAUUUAAUCAAAGAGCAGCAACACACGAAGCUGAUCUACAGGUCACUUUGGCACAGAUGGAAUAUCAACUUCCUAGGUUGACAAAGAUGUGGACUCACCUUGAAAGGCAGUCAGGAGGCCAAGUCAAGGGUAUGGGUGAGAAACAAAUUGAAGUUGACAAACGCAUCUUGAGAACACAAAUAAGCACUUUGAGGAAAGAAUUGGAGUCUGUCCGAAAACACCGAAAGCUUUAUCGCAAUCGUCGCCAAUCGGUGCCUAUUCCUGUUGUUUCUCUGGUGGGAUACACAAAUGCUGGAAAAAGUACACUCUUGAACCGCUUAACUGGAGCUGAUGUGCUCGCGGAGGAUAAAUUAUUUGCCACAUUAGAUCCAACAACACGGAGGGUUUUGAUGAAGAGCGGUACUGAAUUCCUUCUAACAGAUACUGUAGGAUUCAUUCAGAAGCUGCCCACUAUGCUGGUGGCAGCGUUCAGAGCAACACUGGAGGAGAUAUCAGAAUCAUCAAUUAUAGUUCAUCUUGUAGAUAUCAGCCAUCCACUAGCUCAACAACAGAUAGAUGCUGUUGACAAAGUAUUGAAGGAGUUAGAUAUUGAGUCAAUUCCGAAGUUGGUUGUGUGGAAUAAGAUUGACAAUACCGAUGACCCGUUGAGAGUGAAAGAGGAAGCUGAGAAACAAGGGACAAUAUGCAUAUCAGCUAUGAAUGGUGAUGGUUUGGAAGAAUUCUGCUAUGCAAUCCAAACAAAGUUGAAAGACUCAAUGGUGCCAAUAGAAGCUUUUGUUCCAUAUGACAAAGGAGAGCUACUUAAUGACAUACAUAAGGUUGGAAUGGUUGAGAAAAUGGAGUACAUGGAGAACGGUACCUUUGUGAAAGCACAUGUGCCUCUACCCCUUGCAAGGCUUCUCACGCCGCUGCGCCAGCAAGUGGCGGCUGCUCUAUGAUGUGGACGUCCUUUCGUUCCCAGACCAGCAGCAAUUAACAUUCAUACAGUUUGCCAGUGAUGUACAAAGUUUAGUAACAGAUGACGAUCUUCCUCUUCGUUUGAUCUCUGUAGGGCACCGGCAUAUGCAGCUGUACAUGGGUUAGACAGUGUUGUAUAACACGAACUGAUAGAUCUCUGUAAAUAUUUUUGGCAGGAUUGUUUGACAUGAACAUGCUAGGAGUAGUGUGAAUUUCA